CUGAAUUUUGUCUUCCUCAAAAGUCGACGUCGACACCGUACAAUCCGACAACCCUUCGCGACGAAUCUCCCACUCAGCUCGACCUUGUUUCCUUGUCGGACUGUAUUCUCGCAAAAAUGGCCACCGAGUUGACCGUCCAGUCGGAGCGUGCGUUCCAGAAGCAGCCGCACAUCUUCCUCAACCCCAAGACCAAGGCGAAGAGCAAGAAGGUCGGCCAGACUCGACGAUGGUACAAGGAUGUUGGUCUGGGUUUCCGUACCCCCAAGACCGCCAUUGAGGGCAGCUACAUUGACAAGAAGUGCCCCUUCACCGGUAUGGUCUCUAUCCGUGGCCGUAUCCUGACCGGCCGUGUCGUCUCCACCAAGAUGCACCGUACCAUCAUCAUCCGCCGUGAAUACCUCCACUACGUUCCCAAGUACAACCGUUACGAGAAGCGUCACAAGAACCUUGCUGCCCACGUCUCUCCCGCUUUCCGUGUUGAGGAAGGUGACUGGGUCACCGUCGGCCAGUGCCGCCCCCUCAGCAAGACUGUCCGCUUCAACGUCCUCCGUGUCCUGCCCCGCACCGGCAAGGCCGUCAAGGCUUUCUCCAAGUUCUAAGCGAGUCGACGUCGAUGAUGCUGCGAUGCGAUGAGGCGGUGUCCUCGAGAGUAAAUGCAAUCUAGGGAAGCGGCGCGAAUGGGUUCGAACGGAAGUUAGGGGUUGGGAUUGUUUCACGAUUUCAUGUCCCGGUACCCCUUGCGAAGGAUAUAUCCAAUGAAAAAAAUUUGAUCUGUUCUUCUUUUACCUAUAGUACAGCAAUCUAGGGAAACGGAUCGGGCUUAAUCGUUUGGAAAUGCGAUUUCUGUCAACAGCUGCAAAUGGCCGUUUAUUGC